AUGGCGACGACAACGGAUACCACGAGUUCCCUGUCAGACGCUGUCACAACUGAGAGUUCGACUACUACCGACAGCUUCACCACCAGCUCCACCUCAACUGACAGUACAACCCCCACUACCUCCAGCACAACGACAACGACCACUUUCAGUGACACUACAUCGUCGACCACCUCUGAUUUCACAACCACCACCUCGAGUACUUUUAUACCCACCAGUUCCACCACCACAAGUUCUAUUCCAUCCACUACUGCUUUUACAACCUCCUCCACGUCUACGUCUAGUUCAGCCACUGCUUCCGACAGCACCACCCCUUCAAGUAUCCCUCCCUCUACCUCUUCUGCGACCCCUUCCACUCCCUCUGGCUCUUCGAUCCCCGCUGAAUCCUCCCCUUCAACCAUAGCUACCACUAUCACUACCACCCCCCCUUCCCCUACGCCUUCGACGACUAGCCCUUCGCCUUCAACCACUACCACUACCCCUUCUCCGACCACGUCUCUAUCUAUCAGCUCCACUAGUGAGUAUAUAUCUACAGAGUCUUCGUCUGUCUUAUCGGCAUCAACCGUAGUCUAUUCUAGCACACAAUCUGUUUCGAGUUCGUCCCUAAUCGCGAGUUCUCCCUCAGCCACUACGUUCAUCCCUACCACGUCCUCAUCCACAUCCUUCCAGUCGAGUACAAUUUCAGUAACGAGUUCAGCUUCCCCAGCAGUCACCACGACCACCGAAUCUACUUCUUCCACAGAAUCCUCACCCACCUCAUCCGAAGAGAGUACCACCAGCACGAGCGAGGAACCUGUGGUUGUCACGACGACCAGCUCUUCAGUAUCCUUUUCUACCAGCACGUCCUAUGUCACAGCAGUCCUUCCGGCCACAUCGAACGGCGUACCGGGGUAUACCACGGUCACGUCUGUCGUAGUUGCAACAACCCCCGCCACGACAGUCGUUGAUGCCGGAACUUACACUAGCACGCCUAGUAGUACUCCUUCUGUCGCUGCAUCAUCUAGCGACGAUGGCGGUGGUGGCGGAGGAUUGUCAACGGGGGCCAAGGCUGGCAUUGGGGCCGGUGUCGGCGUCCUUGUUCUAGCCGCCGCCAUCUUUGGUGGUUGGUAUAGCUGGUAUAUGCGACGACGGAGAAAGCGAGACUCAAUUUCCCCUAGUGAUCGAUAUUCUGCAAGUCCUAUGCCGAGCAUGACGGGUCCUGGCGGCCCUGUGGCAGGCGGACCGGCAGGAAUGGGUGCAAUGGCUGCCAUAGCAGGAUACUCUUCUAACCGCUCCGACACACGGUCUGAUCCUCCCCUUCCUCCCCUACCGUCUCCUCCACCUCGAUCUCCGGACCGGCUUCUUCCAGCCACAGCAGCAAUCCGGUCUUGGAGCUCCGGUUCACCGCCUACACAUCAGGGCUCAACCAACAUGUCUGUCUCAGACCAAAGCGAGUACUCUCAGGGAAGUCAAGUCCAGCCACCAACUCAAUAUCAGCAGCCACCACCUGUCGGCGCCGCUACUGCUGGCUACGUUCCCAACAUCAACGAAUUGCCCGAUGAGCAGCGCAACAUCCACCAACUCCCCGACGACCAAGUUCAGCGUCAAGCGGGUCACCAGCGGGCUUUCUCUGGUGGCUCAGCAGGCGCCAUGGGAUACCAGCAGCCCUCAAUGGGCUCUGACGGAUACUGGUCUGGCCAACAGUCGACCCAAGAGUCACAUGAAUUGCCCGGCCAAAGCACCAUGCCUGCGCCACUACCGCAGCACGGAGGCAGUGGAUAUCGUGGCGUUGAUCCAGAAGUCCCGCUGCAUCAGCGCGUGGAGAGGGUACCGAUUCGUCCAGGACAUUUCCCACCUUCGCAUAAUUUCUGA